AUGCCAGGGCAGCGGAAGGUGCAGGUGGACCCCGAUCUCCUCGUCACCUCCGUCUUCGACACUUUCCCCGAGCAGCAGGACAACGUUGUCCGCGUGUUCGAUGAGGAGGGAUGCCUCACGACGCGUGAGAUUGGGGUGAAGCGGUUUCAGUUCGCGCGGCUGUCCAUCUUCCACACGCUGCGGUCGCUGCCGUGGUCGAUCCUCAUCACGUACUCCAUCCUUGUGUAUCUAGCCAUCCUCUUCGUCUGUUCGGUGGUGUACUUCACUUGGGCCCAUGCCUGUGGGGCGAGCGAGGGGGUAACGUGGGCAGCCGCGCUCUACUUCACCGUCGUGAGCCUCGCCGCAAACGGCGGCUACGUUGGUGAGCAGAUGGACACGAUGAUUUCGCCCAUCCACGUCUGCUUCGUUGGCCGCACCAUCAUCGUGAUGGUGCUGUCGUACACCAACAUCAUCUUCGUCGGGCUGGUGGCGGCGCUGGUGGUGGGUAAAGCGGAGUACAGCGGGAAGCUUGGGCAGCGCGUGGUGUUCAGCGACUUCUGCUCCCUCACGGUGGUGCCGGGGCGACGCGACCACUGCUGGCGCCUCACGUUCCGCAUGGCGAACAGCAUGGGGCAGAAGCCGGUCGCGCACGGGCGGCUGCGCGUCUUUAUCAUCUCGGCGGAGCUGCUGCAGGACUAUCGGCGGCGGCGCAAGGAGAUGAUGAAGGAGUACUACGGCAAGCUACUGGAAAGGCAGCCCACCAGGGGCAGUGGGGGCGGGGACACGUUGCGUGGGCGUAGUCAGGCGCUGAUGAGCCUGACAGCCGAUCGCCUAACAGCCGAUCGCCUGCGCGAGCAGCAGCAGCAGCAAGAGGGCAGCAAGACGCUCACAUCAAGUUUUGCGUUGCAAAUGGACCCCCCAAUCGACCCUGCGGUGUCGACACGUUUGCGGCGGCAGCAGGAGCACCGGCGGCGUCCUUCCGGUGGUAAACUGCGCCGCCGUCGCCCUCGCCAGGCUGGCGGACAGGAAACCGCUGACGACGAUGAAGCGACACACAAAAAAAAAUCGAGCUUGAUUAGUCUUACGACUGCUGUGAACGUGGCAGAUCCGGGGCAGAAGGAAGGUGCAGCGUCCUCACAGACGGCGGGCACCGAGAGUAGCAAUGUCCAGCAACAACAACCGCAGCAGGAGCAGGAGCAGGAGCAGGAAGAGGGGGGGCAGCCGCAAUCACGCACGCGUCCUGGUGUUCCCCAACGCUCCACCUCCGCCGCUGGCGAUGACUCUUCCAACUCUUCUGAGUCGAACCCGUCGGUCAAGACGCACCCCAGUGACGGCAGCCGUGAGGCUGGCGGGGGUGAAGCCGAUGGAACCGACGAAGCGGAUGACUUUGAGCGCGUGCGGAUUUGCGUGGAGGAGGUGCGUUGGUGCUGCUCCGAGGAACGCUACCUCGAGGCACGCCAGGGGCAACUCUCGCUGUGGUUCCCAGUGAGUAUCACGCACACUAUUGACCGCCAGAGCCCGCUCUACCGCUACAUGGAGCGCGAGAAGCCGGGCUCGCCGACGCUUGGGUCGUCCAGGUCCACCGCCGGAACGUCGACGGCAAAGGCAGCAGCAGCAGCUGCAGCAGCAACAGCCGCGGGAGGAGGAGGAGGAGGAAGAGGCGCAGCGGCGUCAACGUCGCCACGAUCGUUCCAGAUAGUAGCCACCUUCGAUGCGACAGACAUGGACAGUGGGGCCACCAUCACGGCGAAGCGCACGUAUACUGUCACGGACAUUGUGGCGCACUAUCGUUUCUCGAACAAGCUGGUGCGCAUGCGGCCCGGCAGUAGCGAGGUGCUUCUGGACUACCAUUACUUUAAUGAGAUGCUGCCCGUUACGGCGGUUGAGUCAUCGACGACAGAUAGCGACGCGCCGUACGACAACGUCUAA